AUGAGGAAAUGUAGUGUGGUGUCCAGAACAGAUCCAGCCCUGUGGGCCAUACGAGACCAGACCUGGAGAGCAGGCCCAGGCCGCCACCAGAGACCACCACCAUGUCUUACCAGCCUGCGCCUGCUCCUUAACACCCUGUCCCCCCAGCCCCUCUCACCAUCCCCCUCCCUCCCUGUGGAUGCCCCCCUGCCUGGUGGAGGAGGAGCCUCCUCUGGUGGGGAGAUGAGCCUGCAGCAGCUGAGGGGGGAUCGGGGGGGUUCUGGGUCUGAGAGGGACCUCCACUCAGCAGCCUCCUCCAUCAGCCUGCCCUCCGUCAGGAAGGCCCCCAAGAAGAGACGCCUCUCCCUGCGCUCGCUGUUCAGCCGGCGCCACCGUGGGGAUCGAGACCCCAAGAGGAAAUCACAGGACUUACAGGUAGGCGGUGUGGACGGGAUCGCCAGCGUGGAGAGCAUCCAUUCAGAGAUAUGUCAUGGAGACAAGACCUCAACGCUCUCCGCCCCCGUUGUGGCCUCUUCCUCCUCUGAGUUCCUGGAGUGUCCUCUCUGUCUCCUCCGCCACGCCAGAGACCGUUUCCCUGACAUCAUGACCUGCCACCACCGCUCCUGUGCGGAUUGCCUGCGCCAGUACUUACGUAUAGAAAUCAGUGAGUCUCGCGUCAACAUCAGCUGUCCAGAGUGCUCUGAGCGGUUCAACCCCCACGACAUCCGCAUCAUCCUGGGAGACCAGCCCCUCAUGGAGAAGUACGAGGAGUUCAUGUUGAGACGAUGGCUGGUGGCCGACCCUGACUGCCGCUGGUGCCCCGCCCCUGACUGCGGGUAUGCAGUCAUUGCCUUUGGCUGUGCCAGCUGUCCUAAGAUCACGUGUGGGCGUGAUGGGUGUGGCACAGAGUUCUGUUAUCACUGUAAACAGCUGUGGCAUCCCAACCAGACGUGUGAUGCCGCCCGGCAGCAGAGAGCCCAGAGCCUGAGGCUACGCACCUUCCGUUCUUCAUCUCUCAACUACAGCCAGGAGAGUGGUGCUGCAGCUGAUGACAUCAAGCCCUGUCCGCGCUGCGCGGCUUACAUCAUCAAGAUGAACGACGGCAGCUGUAACCACAUGACCUGCGCCGUGUGCGGCUGUGAGUUCUGCUGGCUCUGCAUGAAGGAGAUCUCUGACCUGCACUACCUGAGCCCGUCAGGAUGUACCUUCUGGGGUAAAAAGCCAUGGAGCAGGAAGAAGAAGAUUCUGUGGCAGCUGGGCACGCUGGUGGGCGCACCGGUGGGCAUCGCUCUGAUCGCUGGCAUCGCCAUCCCCGCCAUGAUCAUAGGCAUCCCUGUGUACGUGGGGAGGAAGAUUCACAAUCGCUAUGAAGGAAAGGACAUCUCCAAACAUAAGAGGAACUUGGUGAUAGCGGGUGGCGUGACCUUAUCUGUCAUUGUCUCCCCCGUGGUGGCAGCAGUUACUGUUGGUAUCGGCGUGCCCAUCAUGCUGGCAUACGUCUACGGGGUGGUGCCCAUCUCUCUGUGUCGCAGCGGUGGGUGUGGCGUCUCUGCCGGUAACGGGAAAGGGGUCCGCAUCGAUUUUGAUGACGAGAAUGAGAUGAACGUCGGAAGUGCAGCGGCUGCAACUGAUGCCACAUCGGUGGCAGAGACCAGACACAACCCCAGCAUCGGAGAGGGCAGUGUGGGGGGCAUGACAGGCAGUCUGAGUGCCAGCGGGAGCCAAAUGGACCGGAUGGGUGCCAUGAGGGACAACCUGAGUGAGAAUGCCUCCACCAUGGCCCUGGCUGGGGCCAGCAUCACAGGAUCUCUGUCUGGCAGCGCCAUGGUCAACUGUUAUAACAGGUUGGAGGUCCAGGCUGACGUUCAGAAGGAGCAGGGUAGUCUGAGUGGGGAGUCGGCAAAUGUCAGCUUGGGGACCAUCAGUGACAACACUAGCACCAAAGCAAUGGCUGGAUCCAUUCUCAACUACAUGCCUCUGGACAGAGAGGGUAAUCUGGACGUGGACAUGGAGGGGAAGCAGGAGAAGAAACUACAUCACCAUAGCAACAGCAGCAGCCUGGACGACGCCAGCGGCGAGGGGAGAGGGGUUGGAGUGUGUCCCUCCGGCUGCCCCCAUGAGUCUCGCUCCUCCAAAUGGGUGAAGGACCCCUCUUCCUCGGGGGGCAAGAAGAGCAAGGGCAAGCUGAGGACGAAGAAGACCAGCGGAGGAACUAAGAUCCAGGAGACCCGUGAGGACAUGGAUGCUCAGCUCCUAGAGCAGCGCAGCACUAACUCCUCAGAGUUCGACUCCCUCAGCGGCUCCCUGCCCUCCGUAGCAGACUCCCACUGCAGCCACUUAUCAGAGUUCAGCUGCUCUGAUCCGGAGACCUCCAGACCUCCUCCUCUCACCCCCUGCUGCAUUGACCUCCACCCCCAGCGCCCCCUCACCUCCCUGGGAACAGACCUGGUCACCGUCACCCCCCUGCCGGAGGUGGAGAACGACCAUCUGGAGAACUGUCCCGCUGCAUCCUCCUCCUCCUCACCUUCUUCCGCGGCCCCCGUCUACACAGAAGGAGGGGUAGGAGGAGGUAUGCUCCUCUACAUCGCCGAGGAGAGCUUAGGGCUGAUGAGGACGACGCAGGAGGAGCUGGACUCCAUCGCGGUGGAGGAGGUCCUGAAGGAGACCAAUAACAACAUGUUGGACGGAGGUGUCGUAUCCCAGCAGCCUUCCAGCCCUGUGAGGAGUGGCUGCAUUCAGACUGAGAUAUAAACUCUCCUGGCUGGCUGGCUGGUUGACUGGCUGGCUGGCUGACUCACUGGCUGGUUGACUGGCUGACUGGCUGGCUGGCUGGUUGACUGGCUGGCUGACUCACUGGCUGGUUGACUGGCUGGCUGACUGGCUGGUUGACUGGCUGGUUGACUGACUGGCUGGCUGGCUGACUCCAGGGCUGGCUGACUCCAGGGCUACUACUCCAGACUGACCUAAUGUUUAUGCCAGCUUUUUUCACAGCUAGCCUGAAAUCCACUUCUGUCUCUGAGUGGGCAAGCUCGUUUUACGGAAGAGUAGAGAGAAAGACAGGACAACAGAGGAGGAGAGGUGUUUUAUCCAUGUCUGCUAAUAUGUAAGAUAAAAUCAUGUGAUGGUUGAGGGUAGACUGUGUGGUGAUACAGGUGGAGGAAUAAGGUAGACUGGGUGGUGAUACAGGUGGAGGAAUAAGGUAGACUGGGUGGUGGUACAGGUGGAGGAAUAAGGUAGACUGGAAUAAGGUAGACUGGGUGGUGAUACAGGUGGAGGAAUAAGGUAGACUGGGUGGUGGUACAGGUGGAGGAAUAAGGUAGACUGGAAUAAGGUAGACUGGGUGGUGAUACAGGUGGAGGAAUAAGGUAGACUGGGUGGUGGUACAGGUGGAGGAAUAAGGUAGAAUGGGUGGUGGUACAGGUGGAGGAAUAAGGUAGACUGGGUGGUGGUACAGGUGGAGGAAUAAGGUAGACUGGGUAGUGAUACAGGUGGAGGAAUAAGGUAGACUGGGUAGUGAUACAGGUGGAGGAAUAAGGUAGACUGGAAUAAGGUAGACUGGGUGGUGGUACAGGUGGAGGAAUAAGGUAGACUGGGUGGUGGUACAGGUGGAGGAAUAAGGUAGACUGGGUGGUGGUACAGGUGGAGGAAUAAGGUAGACUUGGUGGUGGUACAGGCGGAGGAAUAAGGUGGACUGGAAUAAGGUAGACUGGGUGGUGGUACAGGUGGAGGAAUAAGGUAGACUGGAAUAAGGUAGACUGGGUGGUGAUACAGGUGGAGGAAUAAGGUAGACUGGGUGGUGAUACAGGUGGAGGAAUAAGGUAGACUGGAAUAAGGUAGACUGGGUGGUGGUACAUGUGGAGGAAUAAGGUAGACUGGGUGGUGGUACAGGUGGAGGAAUAAGGUAGACUGGAAUAAGGUAGACUGGGUGGUGAUACAGGUGGAGGAAUAAGGUAGACUGGGUAGUGAUACAGGUGUAGGAAUAAGGUAGACUGGGUGGUGAUACAGGUGUAGGAAUAAGGUAGACUGGGUGGUGAUACAGGUGGAGGAAUAAGGUAGACUGGGUGGUGGUACAGGUGGAGGAAUAAGGUAGACUGGAAUAAGGUAGACUGGGUGGUGAUACAGGUGGAGGAAUAAGGUAGACUGGGUGGUGGUACAGGUGGAGGAAUAAGGUAGACUGGGUGGUGGUACAGGUGGAGGAAUAAGGUAGACUGGGUGGUGGUACAGGUGGAGGAAUAAGGUAGACUGGGUGGUGGUACAGGUGGAGGAAUAAGGUAGACUGGGUAGUGAUACAGGUGGAGGAAUAAGGUAGACUGGAAUAAGGUAGACUGGGUGGUGGUACAGGUGGAGGAAUAAGGUAGACUGGGUAGUGAUACAGGUGGAGGAAUAAGGUAGACUGGAAUAAGGUAGACUGGGUGGUGGUACAGGUGGAGGAAUAAGGUAGACUGGGUGGUGGUACAGGUGGAGGAAUAAGGUAGACUGGAAUAAGGUAGACUGGGUGGUGGUACAGGUGGAGGAAUAAGGUAGACUGGGUGGUGGUACAGGUGGAGGAAUAAGGUAGACUGGAAUAAGGUAGACUGGGUGGUGAUACAGGUGGAGGAAUAAGGUAGACUGGGUAGUGAUACAGGUGUAGGAAUAAGGCAGACUGGGUGGUGGUACAGGUGGAGGAAUAAGGUAGACUGGAAUAAGGUAGACUGGGUGGUGGUACAGGUGGAGGAAUAAGGUAGACUGGGUGGUGAUACAGGUGGAGGAAUAAGGUAGACUGGGUAGUGAUACAGGUGGAGAAAUAAGGUCGACUGGGUGGUGGUACAGGUGGAGGAAUAAGGUAGACUGGGUAGUGAUACAGGUGGAGGAAUAACAUAGACUGGGUGGUGGUACAGGUGGAGGAAUAAGGUAGACUGGAAUAAGGUAGACUGGGUGGUGGUACAGGUGGAGGAAUAAGGUAGACUGGGUGGUGAUACAGGUGGAGGAAUAAGGUAGACUGGGUAGUGAUACAGGUGGAGGAAUAAGGUAGACUGGGUAGUGAUACAGGUGGAGGAAUAAGGUAGACUGGGUGGUGAUACAGGUGGAGGAAUAAGGUAGACUGGGUGGUGAUACAGGUGGAGGAAUAAGGUAGACUGGGUGGUGAUACAGGUGGAGGAAUAAGGUAGACUGGGUGGUGGUACAGGUGGAGGAAUAAGGUAGACUGGAAUAAGGUAGACUGGGUGGUGAUACAGGUGGAGGAAUAAGGUAGACUGGGUGGUGGUACAGGUGGAGGAAUAAGGUAGACUGGAAUAAGGUAGACUGGGUGGUGAUACAGGUGGAGGAAUAAGGUAGACUGGGUGGUGGUACAGGUGGAGGAAUAAGGUAGACUGGGUGGUGGUACAGGUGGAGGAAUAAGGUAGACUGGGUGGUGGUACAGGUGGAGGAAUAAGGUAGACUGGGUAGUGAUACAGGUGGAGGAAUAAGGUAGACUGGGUAGUGAUACAGGUGGAGGAAUAAGGUAGACAGGCUAUAGGAGGGAGAAAGCUCUCCUACUGGGUUAAGGGUUUUAUUCAUAUAGAAGAGACACAUUGGCAGUCUGGAUGGGAAGUCUUGAUUAAAUCUCAUGUCCGGAGUGUUUUUGGUCAGUGGUAACAUUUAGAUGGACCAAGGCCCAUGGAAAGUUCCAGUAAAAAGUAUGAGGACAGAGGACGAGGUGUAUGGCCGGUGUAUCAGCGGGGUGAUGAUGUAGCAGUGUUCUAUACUAGCCUUCACAUGGGGGACAGAUUCUCCAGAAGGCCACACGACUGUCCAUCCAGGAAGCUCCUAUGGAUCCGACUCAAAACGAACCCCGUCUCAGGUGGCAUCAUAUUCACCAUGUACUGCGUUACGGGUUCCAUUUGAGACACAGACUUCUAGGUCUGUGGUGAACAGCCAGUCAGUCAGCCAGCCAGUCAGCCAGCCAGCCAGUCAGUCAGCCAGCCAGCCAGUCAGUCAGUCAGUCAGUCAGUCAGUCAGUCGCAUCACACCACAGCGUAAAGGAUUGUCAAGCUUCAGUUAUAAUAUAAACCGGUCAAAGAAAAGGUCAAACUGACCUAAGAGGGACCAGUCAAUAAGUCAUUUUUAUUUUUUCCAUGAUUCUAUAAAAAAAAAAAGAAUAUUACUUUUAAGAUGUUGAUGAAUAUUGUUCUGUAGUUUUAGUACUUUCCAUGUUGAGCCCUGUGGGGUAAGAUCCUGUGUUAGGGGAGGCCAGGGGGGGUUGGGGUGAGCAGAGGGAAGGAAGAGUCAACUAAUUUAACCCUUUGUCUUCUUAAACAACACAGAUUUUAACUGUCAGGAUUGGAUUUACAAUAUAAGUAAAUAUUCCAUAAAGAAUCAGGCCUCAGAGUUGAGCUGGCCCAUCAGUAGGAGGACAACAGCGGUAGUUUGGUAUAAAGGGAGCGAUAAGAGGUUGACUCUCUUUUCAUUCUGUUAUAGAUAUAUCACUUCAUAAUUAAAAGGCUAUGGUGAUUUAAGCCU